AUGGCUGACGGAGCUGCUCCUACUGGCGAUAACCAGGCACCCAGCGGACCUAGAGGCGACGGCAACAGAGGCAGAGGCAGAGGUCGUGGCGGUAGGGGCCGUGGGAGGGGAGACCACUCUCGCGGUAGAGGGCGUGGUGGUGGAGGAGGACGAGGAGGAGGCGCCGGACACCACCGUUCUGGAAACACGGCCACCACAGAUCCAGCUUCGCAGGAACCAAAGAAGGCCCCCAACUUCAAAAAGACCGAAGCUCUAGACGGCCAGGCCGACGACAAUGCCGAAACCUGCUUCAUUUGCGCCAACCCCAUCACCCAUUUCUCUGUUGCUCCCUGCAACCACACCACAUGUCACAUCUGUUCUUUGCGGUUGAGAGCGCUCUACAAGAGCAAGGAUUGUCCCCAUUGCAGGACAUCAUCGCCAUAUGUUAUCUUCACCGACGACGGAACCAAGCGCUUCGAGGACUACACGGCCAAGGACAUCACCAGCACAGAUGACAACAUUGGUAUUAAAUACGCCGGGGAGGAGAUUGUGGGAGAUACCAUUCUUUUGCUGAGGUUCAAUUGCCCGGAUUCCGAGUGCGACUUUGCUGGUCUGGGUUGGCAGGACCUGCAUCAACACGUCCGCAAUGUGCACCACAUGAAGAUGUGCGACUUGUGCACACGGAACAAGAAGGUCUUUACACAUGAGCACGAACUGUUUGCGGACAAGCAGCUCACCGAGCAUAUGCGCCAUGGCGACGACAAGCCCGGCGCGGCCGACCAGACCGGCUUCAGGGGACAUCCGCUGUGCGGCUUCUGCGGAGCUAGGUUCUACGAUAGCGACAAGUUGUAUGAGCAUUGCCGCAACAAGCACGAGCGGUGUUUCUUGUGUGAUAGGAGAGAUUCAAGGCAGCCGCAUUAUUUCCUCGACUACGACGCACUUGAGCAGCAUUUCAAGAAGGAUCACUUUCUUUGCAACGAUCGGGAAUGUCUGGAGAAGAAGUUUGUUGUGUUCGAGUCUGAAAUGGAUCUCAAGGCCCAUCAGCUUUCUGAGCAUGGUGGGUCUGUAGGAAGCGGUAGAGAUGCAAGGAGGGUAGACAUGUCCAACUUUGACUUGCGCCAGAGAUAUGAGCAGGAGAGAGGGGCUCCCAGGGGCGGAAGAAAUCAAGAGCGUCGGCGUGCGCCCGACCCUGCCAACGAGCCGAUACCUGCCAGCUCCGCCCAGCCUCUGCGAAGAGAUGAGAUUGCCUUUCAGCGUCAGAUGGCGAUACAAUCCGGCGCUGCUAACCGGGCACCGCCACCUGGCCCUGCUCCCGGCCCGUCUCGACCACCACCUCCAGCCAUCACAGCCUCUCGUGCGGCUGCCGCUGCCACCACCGCACCCAUCGACGCCAUGGAAAACCUCUCCAUAACCGACUGGUCAUCUCUCACCCAGGAACAACGUGCCAGCUUGGCCCGCCACAACGCUGUUGUCGAGCGCGCGUCUAAUCUCCUUGGCAACAACGAGAACAAGAUUGCCACUUUUAGACAAUACAUCUCCAACUACAACCGCGGAAGCAUGAACCCAACCCAGCUCAUCGACGCCUUUGCUUCGUUGUUUGCCGACACCUCCUCCGACACGGCGUUGGGGACCCUGGUGAGGGAAGUAGCAGAGUUGUUUGAAGACAAGAAGAAGGGAGAGGGUCUCCGCGCGGCGUGGCAGAACAGGAGGGCGAGAACGCAGGACAGGGAGGAGGAGUAUCCUUCCCUUCCGGGAUUGGGGGGCAUGCACGGCGCUACUACCUCGACGACAGGGUGGGCGACGGCUGCGGCGCCGACGAGAGUCACGCUUCACAACAAUGGCGCUGCUGCUAACUCGAACCGGGUGUUGAAACUGAAGAAUAGCACUAGGAGAGGGAGUGUGGGUAACGCGUCGGUGAUGUCUUUUGCUUCGGCGUCGAGCGGUGGGGGGGGGUAG